AUGAAUAAAGAUGAAAAGGGUUUCAAACAAGAAAAAAUUUAAAUAUCUGAAUCUCAAGUUGCUCCUUUGGACAUAAUUUAAAUAAUUUAAUAAAAAUAUGCCAGAAAAGCAAAUUAGUGUAAAGAUAGUAAAAAUAAAUACAAUAUUAGAGAUUAUCAUUCAUGAAAUUGCUGAGUCAUCUAAAAUUAUCGAUUCUACAUUAUAAAAAUAAGAUAGUUAAUAAUAGCUUGUCUAUAAAAAAGACAUAUAUGCAAGAGGUUAAUUGAUAUAUUGAAAUUUAUUUAGAUUCAUUUAAGAGUGUAGGUUGCAUAUGUAGAAUAUGUGAAUUUUCAGAAGACAAAAACAAUCCUUUAAUUCGUGUAUGUAAGUGUAUUCGAUCAUAAAAAUAUGUUCAUGAAUAUUGUUUGAAAAAAUAAAUUAUGUUAAAAUAUAGAAAUAAACUUCAUUAAGCAAAAUGUGAAAUCUGUUCUGAUACUUUUUAAAUGGAGCUCAAAAUUGAAAAAACAUUUGCACCUGUAAUUUUAUUUUUUCAUUUGUAGAAAACAGCAUGGGCUCAAAGUAAGGAUAAGUUACCAUUAUUUUGUUUAUUGGUCUUUUUGAUUGUUAUGAUAGUAGUUGUAAUCUUACUUGGAAUUCGAUUGUAAGAACUUUAUAUCUUAAUUUAGAUAAAUGGCUAAUUAAGUUACUGAUAGGAAAAAUUUUCUAGAUUCUCAAUCUUUCUUAAUAAUAUUUGUUAUCUUUGCAAUGAUUAUUAUUCUUAUACUAUUGUGGUUAAUUGCAAUGAUUGUUAAAGGGUUAUUAAUAGUAGAAAAAAUUUUAUUUUGGAAAUUGUUAGAAUUCAAACCAGUGAAGAAAUCUAUACUAAAUAAAAAUAUAUUAAUUUCUGAACUAAGAUAAUCAUUUCGAAAAUCUAAACUUUUCGGUGAAGAAGAAAUUAUGCAAAAUAGAGUAAAUAAACAUCAAAGCACUAUUAAUCUAUAAAAAAAUAAUCAUAACUAAGAAAAUCAAUUUAUUGAUGUUUGUGAAAUAUCUACAUAAAGAAAUUAAUAAAAAUAAGUUACUAAUAAUGUACUUAGUAUUUAAACUGAUCCUCGAUAAACUAAAAGAUCAAGAUUUUCGAUUAUUUGA